AUGGGCGCCUCGUACCUGUGGAGGAGAAAAUUGCUGCGCUUUGUGGUUGCAGCUUGUCUUGUGACCAGUUUUACGAUCAUCCUCUGGCCUGAAAUCGAGCAUCACCAUGAAAUCACGACUCGGACCAUCUCAAACAUCACUAUCACCUCCGAAGUCGAAUGUGAGCCUGAUUUCGAUGCCCUCCAACGCCUCGACGUUCGCAAGCUCUCUCAAUACGUGCGCCGUGAAAUCGUUGUUUCCCCUUCCUCUGGCGACGUUGUUCCCAUUGCACAACAACUCGAGGUUCCUCUAUUCGAAAGCAUUCACAAAGACCACCGGUUUGCAGAAGAUAGUCUGCACCAGGAUGAUUGCUUAAUGCCUCGUCCGGUAUCUGUCACUGUUCCUCCAAUUGUGCCCAGGGCGGAUGCAUCACAUAUCGACUUUGGCGUUGCUACAACACUAGAGCGUCUGAACGAAUCUCUGGAUGCAUUCACUCAUUGGGCUGGGUAUACGAACACUCGCAUCUUGGCACUCAUUGAGCCAGAUGCGCGGAUCAAUGAAGUUCUGACCAAGGCGCGAAUCUUGGGUGUCAAUCUCUUGGUGACAGAGUCAACAGAAGAGUAUCAGCACCGGUAUUUCUCUUUGGUACCACACCUGGCCAAGAAUCUUCGACCAGAGACGAGAUGGACCUGUGUUAUCGAUGACGACACUUUCUUCCCUUCGAUGACGGCACUGGUACAGGCUUUAUCGAAGUACGAUGAUUCAGCACAGACAUAUGUUGGUGGGCUAUCGGAGGCGAUGCCUCAAGUCGGAAUCUUCGGUCUAAUGGGCUUUGGAGGCGCUGGCGUCUUCAUGUCUAGACCUCUAAUCGAGCAGUUAGGCCGUAAGGACGUCUACGAAGAUUGCCAAAAAAUGGAUUCUACCGGCGAUCGCAAGAUAUCCCUCUGCAUCUAUCAAUAUUCAGAUGCACAUUUGACCAUUGAUCACCGCCUGAGACAGAUCGACAUGAGGGGUGAUGUAUCUGGUUUUUUCGAGGCGGCUCGCCCCCCGCCGCUAUCUGUCCACCACUGGAAGUCAUGGUUCAAUACUGACAUGGCGAAGCUGGGCGUUGUAAGUGAGAUCUGUGGCGACUCUUGCCUGCUGCGGAAAUGGCACUUCGGCGACGGCUGGAUCCUCACCAACGGCUUCUCCAUCGUCAAGUACAGCAAUAUUAUUCCUACCGGUGACAAGUCGAUGGAGCUCACCUGGUCAGGUGAUAACGGAGCCGUCUUUGAGUCCUUCCUGCACGAGCUGGGCCCACUUCGACCGCGGGAUGAAGGCAAAAUCAGCUAUACUCACGAAGACGCGGUCAUUGAUGGCAACCGGGUCCGUCAAUGGUACAUCCGUCGGGACCCUGAGCUCGGUGAUAAGGUCCUGGAGUUGAUCUGGCGAAGAGAGUAG